AGGGCCUAAUGGAUUCAUCUUAUAAUUACCGCCGCACCCCACCGCGAAGCCGCUCCCUCCCGCCAUCCCUGCAUCACCAGCUCGAGCCGACCAUCUCGCCCCACCCGUACGCACCACGCGGCGGCAGCACGGCGGCCUCCCUCGCAAGCAGCGGCGCUGUUCCGCCGUGGCGGCAGCCACCACCGCCGUCAACCCCACCGCGCACACGACGUGCGCGCAGUGGUGCGCAACGCACGCCCCGCACCACCGCUACCACCGCCGUCGCGUUGCAGCAGCAGUACGAAACAACACGUUUCCUGUCGCGCCUGUUAGCCGGCGUCACUUUGCAAUGGCGGCAGGUCGUGGAGCAGCUCAACAGCUCGGGUGUGCCGCUGACCGCAGAGGGGACGGUGGCGCCGCUACCGCAACCCCUCCCUUCCCCUUCCUCCUCCGCCGUGUUUUCGUCCAUGUCGCCAUCGCCCGCCGACACGGCCAUGAAUGCCACCCAAACGUAUCUGCAAGAAGGACUGCACUUUGAUGUGCAGGCCCACGCUGCUCGGCGGGAGCGGGACAAGCGUCCGCAACAGCAGAGCAGACAGGCGAGCUUGCAUCGCCGUCGCGCAGGUGUGCACGCCGACGCCCAUCCCUACAACCGUGAAAAUCGCAAUGAAGGUCUUUGUGCGCCGAUCGCGGGGCAGCAGCUGGAGCGCUUUAAGAAAGCAGAGGAACACGAAAGUGACGAACUUGCCAAGAGAGCAGAGAGGACCACGGCAGCGAAUUGGACUUCGCUCGCCCCAUCCGCGCAGUGGGUGCCGUACGUUGUCGGCGGCAACAGCGUUGACAACGGCGAUGAUAAUGAUGACGGCGACGAUGUGUGGCACGACGGUCGCUACGACGGGGUGCUCUACGCCUCAUCCAAUGCACCGCAUUCACGACGUCGAUCUACACGAAGGAGUCGGUCACGUCGUGCGAGGUACGAUGAAGAGGAGGAAGAAGACGCUGCUUCGUGGUGUGACCCCGACGACGAGGCUCGUCUACGCACGGCCGUGCUGCACGGGAUGGCGCGCAGCGCCGCAAAGAUGGUGAUGGGGAUGCGCCAGGUGCAGCAAGUCCUCCCCGCCUCCGCGGUCGCCUUCCGCAGCCACUCAGCGUCCAAUGCGCAGAAAUUCGAGGGGCAACACGCGCUGUCCCCUCUGCUGGGCACUGCGCCAUCGGCUUCGCCGUGUGUCGCCGGCAUUCAUAGAACGCGUACGCCACCUCGCCGACACAGUCGUCGGCAUCAGCGCGACAUAAGUUUGGGAAGGCGGCUCGCACGCACGCAAUCAAAACCACGCGCCGAUUCAGCUCGUCAACGAGGGUCUUCGCCAUCGCCGCUGUCCCCACACUGGCACAAGCGAAUCGAUGCGCAAGAUGAAGUAGCGAAGCCGACGCAUCAGCGUAGUCAGAGUGCGGUGGAGCUCCGAGAGCGUGCACGCCAGGCAACGGCAACGACGAUAGUGUACCCUGCCCUUCCGGUAGCGCAGCGCACGUGGAUCUACCAGCGUAUCAGCGACGGUGAUGGCGAAGGCACAGCGAUCAACACCAAUGGUCACGGCGAUGGCUCGAGCACACGCCCAUCACGGCAUCGCCACCAUCGUCGCGCCGCAUCGCCUAGCAAAAGUGCCGCUACGCCUUCCCUGCGGGGUGUAACGCCCAUCACCGAGCGGGAUGUCGGUGUGUCGCUGAUGAGCGGCGUCGCAGAACGUAGCCACACGAAAAACGGUGCUUGUGGGGAUGCUGAUGAACGACAACGGCGGCAUCCCGUCACCUCUCCUUUGCACGCACACCGGCAGCUCGACAGGUUCAGUGGCGCUGCAAGCACACGCGCCGUGCUGGCAGAUGAAAAAGCUGCUGAAAAAAUUGGAGGCACGCCAAACAGGAAAGAUGAGCGGCGGAGCAUUCGCCGUCCGGCAGACCGUCUCCUACACCAAGCACACCUCUCUGUCGUCGUGCACGCGGAGACAGAAGCCCGUCUUCGCAUCGCCCUACACCACGAGAGAAGUUUGAAGUCCAUGCUGCAGGCACACUUCCACCGGCUGUGGCGUCUCAGGGAGAACAGCGGUGAUGGGGACGCCGCACGUACGGUGCAGAAGGCUGCGAAGGAAGAGGAGCUGCCGACGCGGCGACGAGGGCUACGCAGCAAAUCCACUGGAGACACAUCCAACGGGGAGGCGGCGGGCCUUCCCCUGUCGUCCGUCUCUGUCUCUCCUCUCUCCUCGUCGCCCUUCACACCCUCAUCGAGCCCCGUAAGAACAGCAGCGAUCCACAGCAGCAGCAGAAACGUACUCGGCGCCAACCCGCAAUCGCGCUCCGCAUCCGCCGCGGCGUCCGCGUCGUCGCUGUCCGUGAAACCGGCCUCUCGCUUUGUCUCCCCCACACACUUACCAGCUCCGGCGGCGGUCGAGGGUGUCGCCUCCGCCUUCCGCCGUCUUGCAGGUCAACGCGCGUCAUCAGCAUCCGCAUCGCCAUCAAUACCACCGCCACCGCCACAAUCGUUUUUAAAGGUCUACGCACCGGCUUACGAGGCGGCUGCUUCACCCAUCCGACACGCGUCUCGAUCACUCCCGCCACCGCCGAGCGCCUACACACGACCGCUUACUGAACCGCGACCCGUCUCGGCCAAAAUACUCAUCUCGCCCUCGAAUGAGCCGGCAGCUCGUUCGGCAAGACAACCGCACCAACAGCAGCGUACGAAGGACUGGGAUAUUAGCCUUCCACCCCCUACUGAAGCUCAGGAAUGGAACGGCGAAGACGCUGGGGGGACAGCGCACGAGCCCGCCUCGACGCGUCUGCAGAAGUAUGUUCAACAAGGUGCAGGGCUCCGGUCGAGUGUGUCUCCGGUGUCGCUGCGGCGCGGCAAACGCCGAUCUGCCGAGGGCUCUGUGCCAGCUACCCCUGCUGCGAUGGAAGAUGACGUAGAUUCCGCUGACCGCGGCGCGACGGUAGCGCUCGAGCUCUUUCCUGCAAGCCCGUUGCAGGAGGCAUCUGCUGCGGAGCCGCGGACGCCAUCGCCGAAGCUGCGCCGCCCUCCUCUGCUUUCUCCUCCGCCCCCAACGGCGACGGCGGUGUCUGAACCACCUCGUGGGGUCGUCGAAGUUGUCGCGGUACCGCUGCUCCGUGCGCAUCUCUCCGCACCGUCGAAGACGCGCCCGAGUGAGCUGGAAGUCACCAUUAACGACCACGAUGGCGCGGUGCUGGCAAGAGCAACGCGGCGCAGGAGUGCGGGGAUGUCAGGAGAUGCGAUGAUCGCCGAAAGCAGAAAGCAGAACGGUCGAGCGGGGGAUGACCCAUCGAAUGGGAAACCAAAUCCUGUAUCUGUUGUGGCGAAACCGCAGGUGGCAGGCAGUGGAGAUGAGCCUCCUCGUAGCGUGACUCGGGGAAGCUCAUCUGACACAACGAACAGCAGCAACACCACUGUUCGCUACACAGUCCAGAGCGCGCCUGCCCCGGCGCCAGAAGCCGCGUCCCCAUUGUUGGAGGACGAAGUCUCUCACUACAGCUCCGUCUCCUCCUUUUACAGUGGACUGCCAGAAUGCGUGCCGUCAGCGGAAACCGAUUUGCACGAGGUCACCUUACCCGCGAACAGAGCGGCGAGAAUUGCCGCCAAUGGAUCUGCUGACCUCUCUCCAAAAGCAGCACCGGAGCUUGAGCAGGACCACCCCACGACACCAUCCGGUGUCGCCGAUAAUGGCGACGUGCCUUCGCCUUCGCCUCCUCCACGGUCGCCGUCAUCGUAG